AUGUUACUCAGCGAACUCUCUUUUACUAUUGAACGUGUACCUGGCAAAGACAACGAACUGCCAGACAUCCUUUCGAGGAACCCGUGCACAGAAGAAACAUCUUCAGGCGAACCCGAACUGGAAAGGAUGUUUCCGUCUACACGCUGCGCUCACAACAAGAACCAGGAACCCUCCGUUCCGGUCUUGAGCGCCUUGUAUACCACCCCGUUAGCCAAAGACUUGGUGCUGGAGCAACAACUCUACCCGAUCAUUUGCCGUGAUAUGGAUCGCUGGCGACGAAUUUCUCUAAACCCAAUGAACACACAGGAGGAUCAGGAUUUUCUUACAAAUAAUCGUCUGGACGAGCAAGGUUUCUGGCGUAAGGAAAAAUCUGACGACAAAUGGCGGCUCCACGUGCUCAUAACACUGCGUCCCCGUAUUCUUUGGGAAUUCCGCGAUGCUCCACUCUCGGGACACCCUGGAUCGGAUGAAACAAUACGAGACAUUUGUCAACGUUUCUUUUGUCCCGGAAUGCACCGAGAUAUACGGCGAUAUGUGUCUGGUUGCCACUUGUGUAUAUGCUGCAAACCAGUGCGACAAGACCUAGCGCCUAAUAUGCGACUUCGCGCCGCAAAACAUGCUUGGGAGACGAUAGCCGUCGACCUAAUGGGACCGUAUCCCCGCACCAAGGACGGAAAUCGUUUUAUCUUGGUUGUGACCGACUUAUUUACCCGAUGGGUGGAAGCGUUUCCCUUACGCGCUUCAGAUGCCCCACGUUUAAUGCGGAUCUUGGAGCCACAAGUCUUCUCUCGCUAUGGCUACCCCAAGCGAAUACUUAGUGAUAACGGUACUCAAUUUACCGGUCACAUCUGGGCUGAAGCAGGGCAAUGA